AUGAGACUCGCUCUGCUUAGUCUCCCCUUCGCGGCUGCCCUGGCUAGUGCGAUGCCUUUCUGGGGUUACCAGCAAAAGGUGAAAGAGAGUAUCCAUGGUCCACCUAGUGGGUGGUACAAGCAUGCUCCUGCACCAAAGCAUCACAUGCUUGAGCUCAAGAUCGCUCUGCCUCAGCCCAAGUUUCCGGAACUCGAGCAACACCUUCGGGAAGUUAGCGACCCAAGCCACGCACGUUAUGGGGCGCACUUGUCGAAGCAGGAGACCGAAGCACUCAUGGCUCCCCACCCUGAGACUCUUGCCGUCGUCAGGAAAUGGCUUGCCUUGCACGGUUUAGCGGAAGAAGAUGUCAUCCAAUCACCUGCAAAGGAUUGGGUUACUAUCCGUGUCCCUGUCGGUCUCGCUGAGGUGAUGCUGACUACUGAUUAUCAUGUUUACAAGCACGCUCAGACUGGAGAGAGCAUCAUCCGGACGAUGAGCUACAGCCUCCCUGAGAUCUUGCACGAUCACGUCGAUCUCAUUCAGCCCACUACUAUGUUUGCUCGUUUCAAGGCGUUCAAAAGCACGCUGCACUGGACUAAUCAUGUGCAGCCUGCGGAUUCCAGUCUAUCUGGUUCAACGAUCACAGGGCCUGCAGGCAACCAGGUUGAUGCGAGGUGCAACAACACAAUCACCGUUUCGUGCUUACGACAGUUAUAUAACGCGGUGGAUUAUAAAACGUCUGCCACUAACGACAAUGCUCUUGGUAUCACUGGUUAUCUCAACGAGUCUACCAAUGACGUGGAUCUUCAGCAAUUCUACCAGGUUCAGAACCCAUCUGCUUAUGGCUCAAAUUACACCUCUUUGUCCGUUCAUGGUGGCAAGAACAACCAGAGCUAUGAAGCAGCAGGCCUCGAGGCCAACCUUGACACUCAGUUCAGUUUUGGGCUUACUUGGCCCACGCCCGGAACGUUCUACUCCACUAGAGGGGAGCCUCCUUUUGACUCUGAUUUAUUGACAGCGAGUGAUACAAACGAGCCCUACUCAUACUGGCUUGAAUAUGUCCUUUCGCAGGUUAAAAUUCCUCAAUCGAUUUCUACAAGUUAUGGUGACGAUGAGCAAAGCGUGCCGCAGUCUUACGCGACUCGUAUUUGCAAUGGCAUGGCAGCACUCGGUGCUCGUGGUGUCUCAGUGAUGUUCUCGUCUGGCGACGGGGGCGUGGGUGACGGCGUUGCCAUUGCUGAUGAGCCUCUCGGGCACCAGUGUUAUUCCAAUGAUGAACUUAAAACCCCGAAGUUCUUGCCUGUGUUCCCUGCUUCAUGCCCAUAUGUGACUGCUGUUGGUGGAACUGUCAACAUCCCCGAGACUGCAGCGUCCUUUUCUGGGGGUGGAUUUAGUAACUAUUUUCCUCGUCCUUCAUACCAGGAUGAUGCUGUCUCGGCAUAUUUGGCAACGCUCGCUCCCGGCACCUACGAAGGUCUCUAUAACUCGACUGGACGUGCAUACCCCGACGUGUCAUCACAAGCAGCAAGCUUCUCGGUGGUUUACCAAGGCCAGGUGACACUACUGGAUGGUACAUCCUGCGCUGCGCCUGCAUUCACUGCGUUCGUUUCCAUGCUGAACGACGCACGCCUUUCUGCCGGAAAGACUGCUCUUGGAUUCUUAAACCCUUUCUUAUAUUCGGUUGGAUACACAGCAUUGAAUGACAUCACCGAGGGUCGCAACCCAGGGUGUCAAACUGAGGGCUUUAAUGCCGCGGUUGGAUGGGAUCCUGUCACUGGAUACGGUACACCCAACUUUGGAAAGUUGAAGGAUUUGGUCUUGGCCAUGUAG